AUGACUGCCACACCAACAACCAAGGCCAACGGCAAUGGAGGAAAGAAGGAGGUUAAGAUUCUUAUGCUUCACGGCUUCACACAGUCCGGCGAACUCUUCCGUGCCAAGACUCGCGCACUAGAGAAAACCAUCGUCAAGCUUCUUAACCCUAUCUCACUUCUCCCCGUCUUUCUCUAUGCUACGGGUCCCAGUCGGCUUAGCCCGGAAGACAUUCCCGGCUAUCAACCUCCUGAGGAGCCGCAGGCCGAGGACUACCAGCCUGACACCUGGGCUUGGUGGCGCAAGGAUGAAACUUCUGGGAACUACCGUCUGCUAGACGAGGGAAUGGCUACCGUCGCACAGGCUAUUCGUGACUCGGAAGGCAUCGAUGCGGUGUGCGGCUUCAGUCAAGGUGCUGCCAUGGCUGCUCUCGUUGCAGCAGCCAUGGAGCCGGAGCGGGCUGUACCAGAGGGCAAGGAGGGAAACUGGGCGAGGGGGUUGAGGGAGGCAAACUCUGGAAACCCUCUCAAGUUCGCUGUGUGUUACUCGGGCUUCUGGGCAACUCCUGACUCACUACAGUUUUGCUUUGAGCCCAAGAUCAAGACCCCCACGCUGCAUUUCGUAGGCAGUCUUGACACAGUAGUUGAUGAAAACCGAAGUCGCGCACUUUCAGAUCGUUGCGAGAACCCUCUCGUGCUUAUCCACCCUGGAGGCCAUCACGUACCUGUGAACAAACAAUGGGCAGCACCACUGGCUGGUUUUAUUAAGGAGCAUGGUCAAGACAAAGAGCCCAAGGCGGAGCUGUAA